GGUUUUGGCGGGUUGUAGGAAACGUGGUUGACUGAUUAUUUACAAACAGUAAGGGGAAGCAUUAAAAAAAUUUUGAAUGACGUAACAGACUCGUGCAUAUUACAUUGUAGAUUGUAGAGCCGGUUAUUGUUCAGUAUUCAUAACACAGUACGUACUAACGUGGCGUACGUUUCUAAGUCGCAAUAUUGCGUUUAAGUGGUCACAGCCAAAACAGGUUAGGUGCGCGAGGCCAUGUCGAAGGCUCCACCGAGCAAGAAGCCGAAGCUGGGGGCCAGCGCGGCCGCCAGCGACCUGCCUGGGUUCCUCGCCAAGCUGGAGGAAGACAGGAAGACGGCCGCCGCUUCUGUGAGCGACUUCAAAUUUAACGAGAAGCGGGUGCGGAUCCUAUCGAAGCAGAAGACCAUGCCAGACUGGGCGACCGGCGUCAUCUACUGGAUCUUCAGAGACCAGCGUGUCCAAGACAACUGGGCGUUGCUGUACGCCCAGAAGCUGGCCCUCAAGCGGAAAGUGCCGCUUCACGUCUGCUUCUGUCUCGUCCCCAAGUUCCUGGACGCCACCGUCCGGCAGUACGACUUCAUGCUGAAAGGGCUGGAGGAGAUGGCGCGGGAGUGCGGGCGGCUCGGCAUCCAGUUCCACAUGUUCCUCGGGGAGGCACGGUCCGUGCUGCCGGCCUUCGUGGCGGAGCACCGGCUGGGGGCCGUGGUCGCAGACUUCUCCCCGCUGCGCCUGCCCUCCGAGUGGGUGGACCUGCUGGCCGUCGCCCUCCCCAAGGACGUGCCUUUCUUCCAGGUAGACGCCCACAACAUUGUGCCGUGCUGGGUGGCGUCGGACAAAGCGGAGUACGCGGCCCGCACCAUCCGCAACAAGAUCAACUCCAAGCUGCCGGAGUUCCUCACCAAGUUCCCGCCCGUCGUGAAGCACCCCCACUCCAGCAAGCUUCUCGCCGAGGCAGUGGACUGGGACGCAGCGCUGGCGUCCCUCGAGGUGGACCGCAGCGUGGGGCCCGUCACCAGCAUCGCCCCGGGCUCCGAGGCGGGGCUGGCGUGUCUGCAGGAGUUCUGCUCCAAGCGGCUGCGACUGUUCGCCUCCAAGAGGAAUGAUCCCACCUGCAACGCUCUCAGCAACCUCUCCCCCUGGUGCCAUUUCGGCCAGAUAUCCGUGCAGCGCUGCAUCCUGGCGGUUCGCGAGCUCAAGGCCCAGUUCCCCGAGUCGGUGGACGCGUUCUGCGAGGAGGCGAUAGUGCGGCGGGAGCUGGCGGACAACUUCUGCCACUACAACCGCGAGUACGACCGCCUGGAGGGCGCGCACGCCUGGGCCCGCAAGACUCUCGACGACCACAGGAAGGACAAGCGGCAGCACGUGUACUCGCGGGACGAGCUGGCCCGCGCCCUUACGCACGACGACCUCUGGAACUCGGCGCAGCUGCAGCUGGCACGCGAGGGCAAGAUGCACGGCUUCCUGCGCAUGUACUGGGCCAAGAAGAUCCUCGAGUGGACGGACACGCCAGAGCGCGCCCUCGCCGACGCCAUCUUCCUCAACGACUCCAUGUCCAUCGACGGCCGGGACCCCAGCGGCUACGUGGGCUGCAUGUGGUCGAUCUGUGGCGUGCACGAUCAGGGCUGGCGCGAGCGCGAGGUGUUCGGCAAGAUCCGCUACAUGAACUACGAGGGCUGCAAGCGCAAGUUCGACGUGGCUGCGUUCGUUGCGCGCUGGGGCGGCAAGAAGCACAGCUACAAGUCCAAGAAGUGAGCCGCUGCUGCUGCUGCUGCUGCUAGAGCGUCGCUGUUUUUGCAUCACAGGUACAGCCGUAUAUGCGGCACAAUCUGUCAAGUAUUGGAAAGUUUUAUUUAUUUUCAGCUGGCAAGAAUUGCUGAAUUGCAAGCAUUGCAUCUAUUGAAAAUAUUUUAAAUUCUACUGUAUACGGUGUCCACACAAAUGUCAUAAAAUUUCACAUUUCCAUUACCAUUUUUUUUUAUACAUAAUUAUUCGUUUCUACAAUUAUAUAAAAUAAAUAAAGAAAA